AUACGAUCUUUAUUCCAGUAGUUAAUGAGACCUGUGAUCGAUAUAUGCUUCGAUAACUACAAAAAUUUGAGAAAAAUUCAAAUUCUACGGUGGAAAUUUUUCAAUUUAUUUCACACAGAUGAACGUAGACGAAUUUCCUGAAGACAGCGAUACGAGCGAUGAAGACUACAUUCCUACUGCCAAACCGGAAGAAGUUGUCUCUGAAGUUGAUUCAGAUGGAGAUCCCGAAGAUCCCCUUUCGGAUUCGGAAGGAAGUCCCAAGAAAAAGAGGCGAAAAACUAAUAAAACAUCUAAAUCUAAAAAACUGAGGAAAGAAGCCCCAAAUCCAGAUGAUGAAGAAAUUGAAGAAAAUUCAAAGAUAAAUGAGCUUACCGAAGAAGAAAAAAAGAAGCAAGCCGAUGCACUUUGGGCAGAUUUUCUUCAAGAUACUGGUUUCAAAUCAAAAUCUAGUGCAUCAAAAGCAAAUCCAAGUACCAUUUCAAAUAAACCAAUUAAAAGUAAUACAGAGACAAUUCCUAAAUCUGAAACUUCUAAAAAGGCAGACUCCGAUAAAGUGAAAAUAACAGAAAUCUUUGAGUUUGCUGGUGAAGAGGUUAAAGUGGAAAAAGAAGUUCCAAAAGAUUCAGCUGAGGCUAGAUUAUUAGGGACAUCUUCUUGUUCUAAUAACACCAAGGUUAAAAAGGGUGGCAACUUGAGUGGUAUAGGAAGUGUUUUGAGCCAAAUAGGAAAGAAAAAAAAAAUUAGUACUUUAGAGAAAACUAAAUUGGACUGGGAUCGCUUUAAAAAAGAUGAGAAUUUAGAGGAAGAAUUGAACAACCAUAAUAAAGGAAAAGAUGGUUACCUAGAAAGACAAGAUUUCCUACAAAGAGCUGAUCUCAGAAGAUUUGAAAUCGAAAAAGAAAUAAGAACUGUUGAAAGAAAUAAAAGAAUGAAUUUAGGUGAACCAUUUUGAUGAAUGGAAUAAGUAUUAACUCACAUUCCUACUGCUCCUAAUUAUUUUCGUUUUGUGAAUCUAUUGAAUAGAAUAAAAAUGGUGAAGAGA